UCAGCGUCAACAUUAGUAAUAACAAGAACAACAAUAAUAGCAAUAAUAAUAAUAAUAAUAAUAAAACAUAAUAUGUGUUGGUUUGCUGUCCUGAAUCGUGUAUUUAUUUUAAUAGAGAAUAGACGUCACAUUUAGUAUCAUCCUCAGGGUCAACAUUAGUAAUAGUAAUAACAAUAAUAAUAAUAAUAAUAAUAAUAAUAAUAACAUGAAAUGUAAGAACAGACGUCACGUCGCGUCUCCUCCUCAGCGUCAUCGCCCCUCACCUCACAUCACCUAAACCGAAAACACGUUCGAACCAUUUAUUGUUUUUAUCGGUUACAGUUCCUAUGAAAUACUGAAAUAUUCGACUAAAUAAGUCACAUUCGGAACAGAAGAACUGAUAUUUAAUCGUGUCGGGAUUGUAGCCUGAAUUUAUCGAUACUAUUUCGGGGAUUACGCACAAUUACAAUUAAUAACACGAUGCUCCAGUCGGUCAGCAGUAAUUCUUAUGUCCGUUUGAUUCGCAGCGAUCAAUCCAGCUGGUGUUUUUGGUUCCUGGUGCUGGGGUAUGUUCUGUACCUCAUCUUCGGAGCUGUGGUCUUCUCCUCGGUGGAGCUCCAUUACGAGGAUCUCCUCCGACAGGAACUUCGGAGCGUCAAACGCCGCUUUCUGCGUGAGAACGAGUGUGUGUCCGAGGAGCGUCUGGAGGUCUUUCUGACCAGAGCUCUGGACGCCAGUAACUACGGGAUCUCCAUCCUCAAUAACGCGUCUUCCAACUGGAACUGGGACUUCACCUCGUCCCUGUUCUUCGCCAGCACCAUUCUGUCCACCACAGGUUACGGUCACACGGCGCCCCUGUCGAACGGCGGGAAGGCCUUCUGCAUCGUCUACUCAGUAAUCGGGAUCCCCUUCACCCUGCUCUUCCUGACGGCCGCGGUGCAGAGGAUCAUGGUCUUCAGCACCCGCAGGCCCCUGGCGUACGUGCAGGCGCGGUGGGGUCUGUCGGCCCCGGCCGCCGGCCUGGGCCACGCCGUCCUCCUGGCCGCCGCCGCCGUCUCGUGCUUCUUCCUCGUACCCGCCGCCGUCUUCUCGUCUCAGGAGGACUGGAACUUUCUGGAAUCGUUCUACUUCUGCUUCAUCUCGCUGUCCACCAUCGGCCUGGGCGACUACGUGCCGGGCGAGGCUUUCAACCAGCGCUUCCGCGAGCUCUAUAAACUGGGAAUCACUGUCUACCUGCUGCUGGGCCUGAUCGGGAUGCUGGUGGUGCUGGAGACCUUCUGCGAGCUUCAGCAGCUGAAGCGCCUGAGGAAGAUCUUCUACCUGAGGAAGGAGAAGCCUCAGGACCAGCUGCCCAUCAUGGAGCGCGAGCAGAUGUCCAGAUUCUCCUCGGUGGAGCACGUCACGUUACCCCAGGAGGAUGUCGGCGCGCUCGCCUCGCCGGAUGAACACCGACGCCGUUACGAACGCUGAGGCUCAAGACGAACCCAAGAAAAGCUUCGUAGUACGAGAGUGCGGGUGCUAGAGUGACCCGCCUGCAGUCCAGACCUGUCUCUUAUAACAAAAACAGCUUUAUAAAACCCUCGGUCCGCAAACCGUUAUAGAACGUUGUUCAAAUGAACUAUGUGUUGAAUUAUAAGCAGGGCGCCGCUUCUUUUCCCCUGCCAGGGGGCGGGGUCUCACACUUUCACGAUCUGGUACACCUCGCUGGGACACAAACGAUGGACCACAGGGUCCCUACGCUACGCACCGGUCACGUCAUUUCGGCUAUAAGGGAACUUCGAUCGGUUGAAUCCCUUCAUCUUCGUUCGGGACGCCCCACCGGGUCGUCGGCGAUCUUUGUAUCUAAUAUUUACGGGAAUAAACGUAAUUUUAUGUGUU